AUUAUCAAAGUUCUAGUCUUAUCAAAUUGAUAAGAACUUCACUUGAAGAAGAAUUUUUAGCAUUGUAAUUCUGAUAACUGCAAGCAAUUAUUUGAUUAAAAUCGCAUUAUUGUGUCAAAUCACAAAAGUCCACGUAAACAUGACGGACUAAACUAUUGUAACUUUGAUAUGUACUAUACAUAUAAAAGCGUCAGAAGCUGUGCAGUGCUAGUGAUAACACAUCUCUGAAUGCAAGUUAAAACAAAUUUUCAAUUUAAAAAAAAUGGGCAAAGAUUUGAAUAUUUUAACAAGUGUCAGCAAAUUGUUUACGGAAGAAGUUUUAAGAAAUUCAUUAGUUGAAGCAUACGAAUGUCAAGAUGCAAAAGUUAUUGAUUGGAGUUUCGAAGGAACUUCAGCGAAAGGCGAUAGCUAUUUAUCAACUGUCAGAAAAAUUUGUAUUAAAGGAAUAAUAAAAGGAAAUGAAAAAGAUUUAAAAAUUGUUGUAAAGUCUCUACCAGAAAAUUUAGGGAGACGCAAAACAUACAGAAGUAGUGAUUUCUUUUAUAAUGAAAUCAUGUUUUAUACAAAGAUAAUGCCAUUAUUUUUGGAAUUCUUGACGGCAAAAAAUCUUAAUCAUUUACUUUAUAUUCCAAAAUGCUUGGGUUAUAUGUUGGAUGGCGAAAAUGAUUUCAUAAUUUUAGAGGAUGCAGGUGUUCAUGGCUUUCAAUGCCCUUCGAGACAGAACUCUUUAAGCCUAGAUGAUUGUAAAGUAAUUCUCAAAGCUAUGGCACAUUUCCAUGGAGUAUCUUUUGCAUAUAAAUUUCAAAAUAAAGAAAAAUUUGACGAUGCUGCUGGUCAGUUAAAAGAAACAUAUUUUAGCGAAGAUCAUUGGAACUGGUACAAAAAAUUUUACAAUUUGAUUAUGAUAGCAACUAAAGAUGCAAUGGCAAAAGAAUAUGGUGGUACACCUGAAGAAAAACGAUUUUCAGCCAUUAGCAAUCGUGAUUUAUGGGAAAGGAGUGUGAAGAUUUGUAGUCGUAGUCAAACUCCAACAUCGGUGAUAAAUCAAGGAGAUGCAUGGGCACCUAAUUUUCUAAUACGAACUGAUGAAACUACUGGUGAAAAAGAAGCUUUACUUCUAGAUUUUCAACUCGCUAGAUGGACUGGCCCAGUGACAGAUGUAUCAUUUUUCAUUUACUCUUGUACUGAUAGAACAUUGCGAGACCAAAGUUUUUCUUAUUUACUGAAUUAUUAUCAUGACGAAUUAUCUAGUACGAUAUCAGUAUUAGGAUCAGAUCCUGUCAAAAUAUAUUCAUUAGAAACAUUUAUGAAAGAAGUCAAAGAAGAAUUCGUGCAUGGACUCAAUUUUUCAUUUGAAUCUAUUAUUAUGGCUACAUUAGGCGAUGAUGAAGUAUACGAUUUGGAUACUAUAAAAGGAAAUGAUGCGAUAGAUAUUUCAGAAGCAUGGCCUGUAAAACCUUUAAAGAGUCAAGAAAAAAGAAGACGUCUGGCAGAUGUUAUUAUACAUGCUAUGAAAUGUGGUUUUUUGUAGUAUGUAUAAACAUCUUAAUGUUACAGUAUUUUCUGAAUAAUUAAUGAUUUUUAUAUUAUAAUGUGAUAUAACGAGUAAAUAUUGUUUUAUAAUAAUUAUCAUAACAAAAUACUUGUUCAUGUACGCGAUAGUUAUAUAACAAAAACAUUUA